AGGGUGGCUUAAAGAAGCAUAUAAAAGCUCGUAUCACCCACAGCCCUUCUAUCUGCUUCUCUUGCCUCCAUCUGUAGUGAACAAGACUCACAGCCAUUGCAAGAAGGAUGUCUGGCUACAGCGAGUCCUGCAGACCCUGUGGGGUGACGUGCCCUCGGCCGAUUGCCGAGAGCUACAAUGAGCCAUGUGUGCAGCAAUGCCCCGACUCCAGAGCAGUCAUCUUCCCCCCGCCGGCUGUGGUGACCUUGCCGGGCCCCAUACUCAGCUCUUUUCCCCAGGAGAGCAUUGUGGGAUCAUCAGGCCCAGCCUGGCUAGGGAGUUCCUUUGGUUCCCCAAGCUCUGUGGGCUCCCUGGGCUUGGGUGGCUCUGGGGGCUCCUUGAGCUAUGGGAGGUGGCGGAGUUACGGGGGCUCCUUUGGUUUGGGAGGCUAUGGGGGCUCCCUGGGUUUGGGGGGCUCCUCUGGCUAUGGGGGCUUGCGGGGCUAUGGGAACCCCUUUGGCUUGGGAGGCUCUGGGGGCUCCCUUGGGUACGGCCGUUCCCUGGGCUAUGGAGAUGAUGUGGGCUAUGGGGGCCAACAUGGGUCCAGCAGCUUUGGCAGUUGUGGGAGGUCCUACAGCUCCGGCUUCUCCUCCUGUGGCACGGGGUAUUACCUGCCUGGGUCCCAGAGGUGGGGCAGGUCCCGCCGUGGGAGCUGCGGGGCUUUCUAAAGCCCUCAGGAUGGUGCCCAGAGCCUGCAGCAGCCCUGAAACAUGGACCGUGGCAUGAGGAUGUGGAACAAGAUCCCGGGGACCAGCGGCAUGUGCCAGCUGCCCUGGCAUGGGGACAGGAGGAGGCUGUGUGUGCCAGCAGCUCACUCUCCUAUGCCACGGUGUGCCCUGGCUGCGUGGCUGAGCCUCAGUAUCCCCUGCGUCCCUCC